GCCGUGUCGGCGGCGACGGCGUCGGCGUCGGCAGCAGUGUCGGCGGCGGCGGCGGCGGGUGGGAAAUGGCGGAGUAUUUGGCUUCCAUUUUCGGCACUGAGAAAGACAAGGUCAACUGUUCAUUUUAUUUCAAAAUUGGAGCAUGUCGUCAUGGAGACAGAUGCUCUCGGUUGCACAAUAAACCGACCUUUAGCCAGACCAUUGCCCUCUUGAACAUUUACCGUAACCCUCAAAACUCUUCCCAGUCUGCUGACGGUUUGCGCUGUGCCGUGAGCGACGUGGAGAUGCAGGAACACUAUGAUGAGUUUUUUGAGGAGGUUUUCACGGAAAUGGAGGAGAAGUACGGAGAAGUUGAGGAGAUGAACGUCUGCGAUAAUCUUGGAGACCAUCUAGUUGGAAAUGUGUAUGUCAAGUUUCGCCGUGAAGAGGACGCAGAAAAGGCUGUGAUUGACUUAAAUAACCGCUGGUUUAACGGACAGCCGAUUCACGCGGAGCUCUCCCCUGUGACUGACUUUAGAGAAGCCUGUUGCCGCCAGUACGAAAUGGGAGAGUGUACACGGGGAGGCUUCUGCAAUUUCAUGCAUCUGAAGCCCAUUUCCAGAGAGCUGCGGCGGGAGCUGUACGGGCGCCGUCGCAAGAAGCAUAGAUCUCGGUCCCGGUCUCGUGAACGUCGGUCUAGAUCGAGAGACCGUGGUCGUGGUGGAGGUGGCGGCGGCGGCGGAGGUGGUGGGGGACGGGAGCGUGAUAGGCGGCGAUCGAGAGACCGUGAGAGAUCUGGGCGAUUCUGAGCCAUGCCAUUUUUACCGUAUGUCUGCUAGAAAGUGUUGUAGUUGAUUGACCAAACCAGUUCAUAAAUGGGAAUUUUUUUUAAAAAACAAAAAAAAAAAAACACAAAGAUGGGUUUCUGAAUAAAAUUUGUAGUGAUACAGUA